GAUCCGGCCGCAUUUCCCUCCUCCCCCCACCGAGAAGAUUGACGACCUGCCUUGUUUUCUGCGUGCUUUGGUUUUUCUCUCUUGCUUGCAAUCAUCAGCCCCCCACUUUGGGCAAAUAUUUUCCAUGAACUUCACAUACUUUGGAGAAAACGCUCCGCCCCACUGAGCAAAGGUUUCUGAAAGGCCUUCACAUUUCUGCUCAAGCAGGUUUUUUUCCUUUAAAGGGGACAUCACGAUGGAGAUGCUUUUAAUUUCAAUCUUUUUAGCCACUAUCCUCGCAGUUCCAUUUGUCCUCAGAACUUUCUUCCCUUAUGUCUGGAUGGAUGUUUUGUAUUUCGGGGAUCUUGUGCGCAUUUUGGUGAGGUUCGUGGAGAGGAGAAGGAGGAGACCUUUGUUUUUUGUUUUGGACCGUUUCUUGGAGCAAACAGCUGCGCAUCCGGACAAGAACUUCAUCGUGUUUGAGAAUGAAAGACACACGUUCUCUGAGGCGGAUAGAAGGAGCAACCAGAUCGCCAACGCGCUGCAGAGCCACCCCGGGUAUGAGGCUGGGGACACCGUGGCUCUGUUCACGGGAAACGAACCCGCCUUCAUGUUCACCUGGCUGGCCUUGGCCAAGCUGGGCUCCCCGGUGGCUCUGCUCAACCACAACAUCCGCACCAAGUCUUUACUGCACUGCUUCAACUGCUCCAAGGCCACGGUGCUGAUAGCAUCCUCAGAGCUAAAGGAAGCAGUAGAGGAUGUGCUGCCCUCGCUGACGGAGCAGGGCGUCAUCGUCCUCCUGAUGACCAAACACUGCGACAAGCCUGGAAUCGAAGGUUUCUCUGAUAAAGUGGAGGAAGCCUCAGACGCUCCGCUGCCUCGAUCCCUCAGAUCCAACAUCACACCCAAAAGUCCCGCAGUUUAUAUCUACACUUCUGGAACUACAGGUCUCCCGAAGGCAGCUGUGAUCAACCAGAACCGCCUGCUGACAGCUCUGGUGGUUCUAUCUUCAAACGGUGUCACUUCGAAGGAUGUCAUCUUCGUCAACCUGCCUCUGUACCACACGGCUGGAUUUGUUAUUGGCUUCAUCGGCUCCAUUGAGACAGGAUCAACUAUAAUCCUGAAGAGGAAAUUUUCUGCCUCCCAGUUUUGGGAUGACUGCAGGAAAUACAACGUGACUGUUGUGCAGUACAUCGGAGAGGUGAUGCGUUACCUCUGCAGCACACCAAAGAGAGACAACGACAAGGAUCACAAAGUCAGACUGGCCAUCGGUAAUGGAAUCAGAGCAGAGAUAUGGAGAGAGUUUGUCAGUCGCUUCGGGAACAUUCAGAUUCGAGAGUUUUAUGCGUCCACUGAGGGAAACGUGGGAUUCAUCAACUACGCAGGGAAAGUUGGAGCCAUCGGACGGGUCAACUUUCUGCACCGUAAGUUGUUUCCCUACAUUCUUGUUAAGUACGACACAGAGCGAGACGAGCCGAUCAGAGAUGCUGAUGGACUCUGUGUGGAGGUCCCCAAAGGUGAGACGGGACUGCUGGUGUCAAAGAUCACAGACAUCGCUCCAUUUGUCGGCUACGCCCAGAACGAAGAGCAAACGGAGAGGAAAAGACUUCGCAAUGUGCUCAAGAAAGGAGACCUUUACUUCAACACCGGCGACCUCAUGAGGAUCGAUGACGAAAACUUUAUUUACUUUCAGGAUCGUGUAGGCGACACAUUCAGGUGGAAAGGCGAGAAUGUGGCAACAACUGAAGUGUCUGACAUCCUGACUAUCAGCGAGUGCCUCAAAGAGGCCAACAUUUACGGAGUCCAAGUGCCAGGCCAUGAGGGCCGGAUAGGGAUGGCAGCUGUCACUGUAAAGAGAGAGGCUCAGUUUGAUGGAAAGAAAAUAUAUAAUCAUGUGGUCAACUACCUGCCUUCAUAUGCACGACCUCGCUUUAUAAGACUACAGAAUGCUGUAGAAGUGACGGGAACUUUCAAGCAGAUGAAAGUGAAGCUAGUAGAGGAGAGUUUUGAUCCAGGACGUAUCCAGGACCCACUUUACAUCCUCGACGACAAAGAGAAGAGCUACGUACCGCUGACAGCUCAGGUCUACAGCUCCAUCAUGUCAGGAAACAUCAAACUAUGAACAGGCUCUAAGUGUUCACCAACAGUUCAGUCUGGCUUCUUUUAACCCUCUGAACCCCAAAAACCUGCCAGCAGGUUUGAAAGGCAUGUUAUCUCUAAAGAAUCACCAAAAUCACAGCAUUUAUCACUGUAAAGACAGGAAGAGUCGUAUUAUUUCCAGUGGUCUUUGUACUACUCACCCUUAAACUUAACCAAAUUUCAGCUUAAAUUUGUGAUAUUCCAUCAAAAUAAAUUUUAAAAUUGACAAAAAAAUAAACUGUUUGUGCUAAAGAGAUUCUGUAAACAGCAAAAAUUCCACCCUCCCUUUCACAGCUGUGAAGCAAUUUGUUUCUUAUCUGCAGCCAACGGUCACAUGACAAAAAUUCAGGGAGUUUUCAGCUGAACUGCAGUCACCUGGAUAAACUUAGUAAAACAUUUAACAUAUUUAUUCAAGGUAUUUAAAUGUUUUAAGUUUAAGGCAUUGUGACGUUGUUACACUGCAGAGAAGAUAGUUUUGAGUUCUCUCUGCUUCUAUCCAUGAUUGUGCUACUUUCACUGAGGUGCUCAACUUCAUAUUGCAGUGAAAAUGCAAAUAUAGUGGGUAAAAGUGUAACAGGAAUAAAAACAAAAAUGCCCUAAAACUUCUUGGGCUUCAGAGGGUUAAUAUUAAAUUUCCAGCUCAGGGACACAACAGUUUAUUUUUUAAAAGAUCAUGACAUAUAUUGUGUAGUACUUUUUGUUCAGGCAACAGUCAUUGGGCCAAAGUGCGUCCCAGCAGAGGAUGAGUUUAAUCACAGAAAGAAUAAAUUUACAUGUGAUUAUAUGAAUAGUACAUUUACUAGCAUGAUGAAUGCUGGUUGUACUUUGUUCAGUAUAAUAUCACUGGUUGGGAGGUGAUGGAGGUUUCUAAGAUGCUGACAGUCUUCAUGGAGGACAAACUAUCAGGCAAUUUCUUUGUUUCGAAGGUAGUAUUUCAUGUACUAAAAGAAUUAUUAGCUUUUAGGAGAGAUGUGUGUAGCAUGUGAUGGUUUAAAGCAGGGGUGUCAAACUCAUUUUAGUUCAGAUUCCACAAUCAUCCCAGUUGGAUCUCAAGUGGACCAGACCAGUAAAAUCACUGCAUAAUAACCUAUAAAUAACCACAACUCCUAAUGUUUCCAUUGUUUUAGUGCAAAAAAGUACAUUCUGAAAAUGUUAAUAUUUAAGGAAUUAUCUUUUUUACAAAACAUCAUGAACAACAUGAAAUUUUUAAAGAAAAAUAAGUGAAAUUUCAAGAACUUUCAGCCUCAGUUUAUCAUUUACACAUUAAAACUUCCAGUUCACAGAGUGUCUACAAAGGAACACGACAUUCAGUCACAGGUAUCUGGAACUGAACGAUCUGUUAUUUUACUUUGAGAUCAAAACAACCAAUGUCCGUCAAAAAAACAAGGCAAAACGUUCCAAAAAUGACACACAAAAUGGCAAAAAAUGAAACAAACGAGCUGAAACGAAAAAUAAAAGAGACAAAAAAAUUGUCAAAAAAGUUACAAAGUCACAAGAAAUGGGCAAGUGACAAAAAUGAGCCAAAAAAUGACACAAAAUGACUAAAGUCAUUGAAAACAAUGAAUUAAGCAAAACACAAAAUGACAAAAAUAAGACAAAAACCACAAGCGAGACAAAAAGGAAACACAAAACGACAAAAAUGUGAGACAAAUGGCAAAAGUCAGACAAAAAAAUACAAAAACCAACUAAAAACAAGACAAAAUAGUACAAAAAUGAGACACAAAACAACAAAAGAACACUGAGCAAUCUAGUAUUUUACUUUAUGAUCAAAACAACUUGUAAAGGUCUAGGAAUUGUUUUAAAUUUAUAGUUUUACAAAUUUACAAUCUGCAGUUAAUGUCUUCUCUGUAAUAUUUUUACACUUUGAGGGCCCGAUUGGACCCUCUGGAGAGCCGGUUUUGGUCCGCGGGCCGCAUGUUGGAUACCCCUGAUUUAAAGACAUAAAAUAUGUAGAAAAGAGCCUAAGAUGAGUUUUAUAUGAACAUAUGUGCCAGUAUCUGUAAAUAUAAAACACUUUCUUAAAAAUUAAAGUGAUCUGUCUGUAAAAGCAGAA